AUGUCUGGUGUUAAACGAACUCGUACAGAUGAAAUUUCAUCAUCUCAAUCACAAACAACAACCACAACAAAUGCAACAAUAUCACCAAAAAUUGAAAUAGUCUCUUCGUUUAAUUCAGUUGUUGAAGAAGAUUAUAACUGUAAAUGUCUUCAACGAACAGUUGAAACUCUUCGUCGAUGUCCAAAAUGUCAGUUAACUCUUCAAACAUCUGAUAUAUUUCCAAAUUAUACAUUAAAUGCAAUUAUUGAAAAAUAUCGUCAACAACGUCCAUUAGCUCCAACAUUUGGAAAAUAUGGUAAUAUUGUUGAACAUAUUUCAGAUAUGGUAACAAAUGUUCAUACAUUAAAUACGGAAGAUCUUGAUCGUCUUAUGUCUGUUAUUCGUCAGCAUAAAGAAAAACUUGAUUUAAAUAGUGAAUAUGUUCAUAAUCGUUUACUUGAAAUAUUUCUAAUGCAUGUUCAUCAUGAACGAAGUGGAGCGAUUGAAUCUUUAACAAAAGAAUUAAAUAUUGUUGAUCAUGAUUUAAAACAAAUGACUAAGCGACAAAAAUGUUCAUCAUCAUCAUUAAAUGUAAAUAUUUCAACAAAUAUAAAUUCAAAGCAGAUUAUUGAUGAUAAUCCAAUAUUAUCAUCAAAUGUAACAAUCGAUAUUAAAGAAGAAUUAUCAUCACCAUCAAAUGACACGACUAUUGUUAAUGAUACUGUACCUACUUGGAUACAAUCAGGAGGACAAGUUAGAUUUAUUGAUUUUUUCAUGAGAAGAAAAAUUUCAAAAAAGACGAUUGAAAAUGCCUUUCCACGAUGCUUAAUUAUUGAAUUCGAUCGAGAUUAUGAACAUUUUGCUGUUGCUGGUGUUUCAAAAAAGAUCAAAUUAUAUGAAUAUCAAUCAAUAUUAGAUAAUGUUGUUGAUUUACAUUAUCCGACAAAAGAAGUUUUAUGUACAGCUAAAUUAAGUUGUAUCAGUUGGAAUCCAUAUUUAAGAAAUUAUUUAGCAUCAAGUGAUUAUGAUGGAUUUGUUUCUAUAUGGGAUAUGGCAACAGCACAAAAAGUUCGAACUUUUCAAGAACAUGAAAAACGUUCAUGGAGUGUUGAUUUUUGUUCGUCAGAUCCAAAAUUACUUGCAUCAUGUUCUGAUGAUUGUCGAGUUAAAAUAUGGUCGAUGCAUAAUGAUUAUUCUGUAACAACAAUUGAUGCAAAAUCAAAUGUUUGUUGUGUUAAAUUUAAACCAGAUUCACAAUAUAAUAUUGUCUUUGGCACAGCGGAUCAUAAUUUAUAUUACUUUGAUUUACGUAAUACACGUGAACCAUGUCAUUUAUUAAAAGGUCAUAAAAAAGCUGUGUCUUAUGCACGAUUUUUAUCAAAUAAUGAAAUUGUCUCAGCAUCGACCGAUAGUCAACUUCGUUUAUGGCGUGUUACAGAAGGACAAUGUUUAAGAACAUAUCGUGGACAUGUUAAUGAAAAAAAUUUCGUUGGCUUAGCUGUUUCAAAUGGAUACAUUGUUUGUGGUAGCGAAACAAAUACAGUACAUUUAUAUCAACGUGAAAUAUCUCGACCAUUACUUAGUUAUAAAUUUGAUGAUGUUAAUAAUGGAACAGUUAAAACAACAACUGUUAAUACAGAUCGAGUCAAAAAAGAAGAAACAGGAAACGAGUUUGUUAGUGCUAUGUGUUGGAGUAAUCGUGAAAAUAUUUUAUUAGCAGCAAACAGUCAAGGUGUUGUUAAAGUCUUGGAAUUAGCCUGA